AUGGAAGGAAAAUUGAAGCAAAGCUACCUCGCGGACGAUCCGAAACAUGCGGCUCUGUUGCCAGUGUUGCGCGAAAAGCUUCGCACAUUGCAAUCAUCGGAUCCUGCGGCAACACCACCACUGUCGCCAUCUCCACCGCCACCUUCGCUCUACUUCGAAAGCUCGUCCAUCUCGUCGCGUUCGUCGAUUGUGGAACCAUUCGAUCUGAACGUGGCCUCGCUGUACCAGGUUUUCCACGUCAAGCGCACCGCUCGCAGCUGGAUUGAGGCAAAUUUUCAAAAACGGGAAUGCAUCAAAUUUGUACCGAGUCCUAGGACAGAGGAUAUAUGCUGCUGUGGUCAGGAACGGCGCACUCACCAGUUUGCGGCGGGGUACGAAACGGGCGUUCCGGGCGAUACUUGGCAGGCAUCGAAAAAUACCCGAGCCCAGCCAACCGAUGCGUACGGCACGAUCGAGUUCCAGGGUGGUGCUCACCCGACGAAAGCACAGUACGUGCGCUUGUCGUACGACACUCGGCCGGAGCUGUUGGUGCAGCUGUUUACCCGCGAAUGGAAUCUCGAGCUGCCAAAGCUGCUCAUCACGGUGCAAGGCGGAAAGGCAAACUUCGAGCUGCAGCCAAAGUUGAAAAAGGUGCUUCGGAAAGGUCUAUUGAAGGCGGCCAAAACUACCGGAGCAUGGAUAUUUACCGGUGGCACCAACACGGGUGUAACGAAGCAGGUCGGCGAUGCGCUUUUGCUCGAGGGUCAGCAACGGUCCGGGCGAGUGGUAAGCAUCGGCAUCGCACCCUGGGGCAUCGUGGAGCGUAACCACGAACUACUCGGACACAACCGGGACGUACCGUGCCACAGCAUCAGCUCGCCUAGAUCGAAGUUAGCCGUACUGAACAACCGACACGCUUACUUCCUGCUCGUCGACAACGGUACCCAGGGACGGUACGGAGCGGAACUAAUUCUGCGGAGAAAGCUGGAGAAAUACAUAUCGAACCAGAAGCUGCAACCCUACAAGAUGCUGUCAUCUCUAAUGAAUUUUCACUACAAAGUUACCCACUCGAGCACCCCCGUAGUAUGCUUGGUAAUUGAAGGUGGUACAAACACAAUCAGAGCUGUGCUAGAAUACGUCACCGAUAACCCACCGGUUCCGGUAGUAGUGUGUGAUGGGUCAGGCCGGGCAGCAGACUUAAUAGCGUUUGUACAUAAGUAUGCAACGGAUAAUGGAGAACAGACGGUGCUGGAAUCGAUGCACGACUACGUGUUGGGUAUCAUACAGAAAACAUUCGAGGUCAGCUCGGAGCAGGCGGAGCAACUGUUUCAGGAGUUGCUGCAAUGCACUAAAAAUAAAAAUCUCAUUACGGUGUUCCGUAUACAGGACCGACCGGAGGGCAAUACUCAGGAAUUGGACCAAACGAUUUUAACUGCACUUUUUAAAUCACAGCACCUUAGUCCACCGGAGCAGCUCAGUCUGGCACUCACCUGGAAUCGGGUCGAUAUCGCACGAUCGGAGAUAUUUGUGUACGGUCAGGAGUGGCCCCACGGUGCAUUGGACGAAGCGAUGAUGCAGGCACUGGAGCAUGACCGUAUCGAUUUUGUCAAACUUCUGCUGGAGAAUGGUGUGUCAAUGCGCAAGUUCCUCACCAUACCACGACUGGAAGAGCUGUACAACACCAAGCACGGACCGGCCAACACGCUCGGAUACAUCCUGCGUGAUGUUCGGCCACACAUACCGAAGGGAUACGUCUACACACUGCAUGACAUCGGGCUCGUCAUCAAUAAGCUGAUGGGUGGUGCAUACCGAUCGUACUACACACGGCGCAAAUUUCGUCCGAUCUACGCGAAAGUGAUGAACAGCUACGUCAAUACGCACCGGAAACCAUCGACUUUUCAGCGAUCGGCCGGUAUCAACUCGAUGAGUCUCGUCACCGGGCUGCUGCCUGUGACGUCCGAUAUGGCACUGUUCGAGUUACCGUUCAACGAGCUGUUAAUCUGGGCCGUACUGACCAAACGACAGCAGAUGGCACUGCUCAUGUGGACACAUGGGGAGGAAGCGCUUGCAAAGUCGCUCGUCGCCUGCAAGCUCUACAAGGCGAUGGCACAUGAGGCAGCGGACGAUGAUCUCGACACCGAGAUCUACGAAGAGCUGCGCAGUUAUGCGAAGGAAUUCGAGAGUAAAGGACUGAAGCUGCUGGAUUUCUGCUACCGACAGGAUGCAGAACGGGCCCAGCGGCUGUUAACGUGCGAGCUGCAGUCCUGGUCCAGCCAGAGCUGUCUGUCGCUGGCCGUGGCAGCGAAUCAUCGUGCGAUCCUGGCACAUCCCUGCAGCCAGAUAAUACUGGCGGAUCUUUGGAUGGGCGGGUUGCGUACGAGAAAAAACACCAAUCUUAAGGUUAUCUGUGGACUGUUAUGUCCAUUCUUUAUAAGGAAGCUAGACUUUAAAUCGAAGGAAGAGCUGCAGCAGAUGCCUCAAACCGAAGAGGAGCAUCUGGAGAAUCAAUACCUCGAUUUCGAGGAUCGCGAUAAAAAGGAUACGGAUGCAGAGAAAGCUAUUGCUAACUCCACUCAAACCACCAAACCCGCUGGCGAAAGUGCAGCGCCAACACCGCAGGCGCUUCUGUCCGAUACGUACUCAAUGAAAGAUACCAAAGUGCAGGAAAAUGGAAAAGUAGGUCUGACCGGAUGCUUGAGCUCAAAAGUUUCUCUAACGGACUCGGAAAACACACAGUACAAGGACUACCUGUUUGACAGUGACGGACGCCAACAGCGGCCCCUUAAGUUGAAGAAAAAAUUCUACGAAUUCUACACUGCACCCAUCACCAAGUUUUGGGCGGAUUCGAUGGCUUAUGUGUUUUUUCUCGUGCUGUUCACGUACACCGUGCUGGUGCGAAUGGAGGAAACACCGAGCUGGCAGGAGUGUUAUGCCAUUUCCUAUAUCGCCACGCUGGGCUGUGAGAAGAUACGGGAAAUCGUAUCAUCGGAACCGGUGGCAAUAUCGCACAAGUUUUCCGUGUGGGCAUGGAACAUGUGGAACCCGUGCGAUGCAGCCGCAAUCAUAUUUUUCUUUAUAGGGUUUGGAUUGCGGGUACGACCGUACACGAUGGACAUCGGUCGGGUGAUAUAUUGCGUGGAUAGCAUCUACUGGUAUUUGCGGAUAUUAAACAUUCUAGGUGUAAACAAAUAUUUGGGACCACUGGUGACGAUGAUGGGCAAGAUGGUGAAAAACAUGAUUUACUUCGUGGUGCUGUUGCUGGUGGUGUUGAUGAGCUUCGGUGUAAGCCGACAGGCGAUCCUAUUUCCGAACAACGAUGCUAGCUGGCGAUUGGUACGGGACGUGUACUAUCAACCGUACUUCAUGUUGUACGGAGAAGUGUUUGCCGACGAUAUUGAUCCGCCGUGCGGUGAAGACCCAUCACAACCACCAUGCGUGACGGGCCACUGGGUGACACCAAUAGCAAUGUCGAUGUAUCUGUUGAUUGCGAACAUUUUGCUAAUCAAUCUGCUGAUUGCCGUGUUCAACAACAUCUUCAUCGAGGUGAACGCCGUGUCGCACCAGGUGUGGAUGUUCCAGCGAUUCACGGUGGUGAUGGAGUACCAGCAGAAACCGGUCCUGCCACCACCGUUGAUAGCGCUCUGCCAUUUCUAUUCGCUUCUCCGGUACGCAAUCCGAAAAGCUAAAGGGUUGCAGGAAUCGCGCGAUAAUGGGUUGAAGCUGUUUCUCGAAAAGGAAGACAUGGAGCGAUUGUAUGAUUUCGAGGAGGAGUGCGUCGAGGGCUACUUCCGCGAGCAGGAAAUACUGCUGCAGCAGUCGACAGAGGAGCGCAUUAAAAAUACGGACGAAAGGGUGGACCAUAUGGCGCAGAAGAUAGAGGAUAUCAACCAGAAGGAGAACAUUCAAAGUGCGGCCGUGCAGAACAUUGAGUUUCGUUUGCGCAAGGUGGAAGAGUCGGCCGAACAGAUUCUGAAUCACUUGGAUGUGAUACAUCGGUUCAUGUCAGCACACACGCUCAUGAACGAUACGCAGGGUUCGACGGGCAAUGUGAGCGGGAAUGCACCUCCCGGAGGUAUGGCGGCAGGGAUGAUUAUGGAUCAUCGGACACGCACAAUCUCGGAGAGUGAUAGCUACAUUUUGCCACCGCCCACGACGCAACGCAAAAAGUUUAAUCGAUCGUUGACGGAGGUGCGUCCGGAUGCGUACAUCUUUGAUGAUGGAAAGCAUCUGGAGGUGCGUACGGUUCUGGAGGAAAGUGAAGCAGAACGAUCCCCAGAUCAGGUCUCUCAACAACAUGAGCGGGAUCGCAAAUUUUCCAUCCGCUCCGAAGACUCGGAAAUGUUCCCGGUGGGUAGCGUUCCCAAGGCACUCUCGCCAGUAGAUAUGCCAACGAUCAAACCUUCGCCACCACCUCCAUUUCUGAACAUUCGACAGGACACUGCUAGUACCGAAAGCAAGGACACACUAACACCGUUGGAAGGAGCGGAUGAUAGAACGCUGGUCGGAGAUGAAACAUUGGACGAUAUGGUCGAGCCGAACUACGAAGGCUUACGACACAGGGCCGGAAGACGCCGAAACUCGUCAAUGUGUGGACCUGGCAGUAGUGCUCCACCGAAUGGAGCUGCUGGUGUCCAAUCGACCGGUCCAGCAGUAGCGGGCGGUACAAUCGGUGGAAUAGGGGGACGGAGGAAUUCCGAAAGUGCGUCCGGAGGUGGCUUUGAUAUUAAUAAAUCUCAGACCAGUCUUUAUCAGAUAGGCUUCUCCAAGCGACAGCACAGCAUCACACAAUCAGAACCGGAUAGUGGCAAUGAUCAACCUGUACAACGGACAGUUCCAAAGGGACGACAUCUUUUGUUGCAGAUACACACAGAAUACACCUCUAUUACGGAUGAACUGGAGAGCGUUUGUCACAUGAUAGCAUCACCCACCAGUUCGUUAAGGGAAGAUCGUACAAAGAAUGUAAACGAACUAACAAACCCCGAAUUCGCCGCCCUGAUCGAGAAGCAGCAUCUAAAAGAGUGUGAGGACGUUGAUUAUAUGAUGAUGGAAAAAUUGUUUCAAACACGAUGUUCGCUUGACGACAGUGACGAGUACUUCGACGAUACCGAGCCGGAAGAGCACGGACCUCGGAAAAUGUUACGCCGUGAGACGGCAAUCGAAUUGCCGGUAACGCCGUCCAAAUCGAAUAUCGUCUCGCUGGCAGAUAGCAGUAUGGGUCAUGAGGAUUUCGCUCUGAAAAACGAACGGCAACCAGCGUCGAACCGAAAUUCGUUGCGUGAUUCGAAAAACUCGCCGCUCUCACUAUCCAGCCAGAACUCACCGCGCAACUCGCAGUACAUGCAAUCCUCGUUCCUUAAUCCCACCGUGUGUGACGGUGCCAGUCGUUUGUACAAGAAGUCGUGUGAGAGCUUGCAGAAAAAUUCCAGCACCGACACGGAGUAUUCGUUGCAGCCGUACCGAUUCAUCAAGCAAAGCUCGAACGAGACGAACAGCUCGUUCAACAUUGACAAUUCGUCGAUCACAAACGAUCUGUCGAUCGAUGGCGAAACGAGCCUCAACUCAACCGUCAUCGAAAUGGUUUCAGCACCGUCGAUAGCAGCGGCAGCAGCGGUGGCCGCCGCCGCAGCAUCGGACAGUGAACGUGGCGGUUUCCAGACCAAACGCACCUCAUCACUAGGUAGCAGCUCAACCGCAGCCGAGAUGCGCCCGGGAUUGUUGAAAUGUAGCAAAGAUAAGGGAAAUAAGGACGGUGGUGGUGGCUCUAUCCCGGAGGGCUUGGAACGGACCGUCCUGGGUAGUUCGGCCCCGUCCGGUUCGGUGAUGGUUCCGAAUAAACCACCACGGUCGGCCCGCUUCACCGAUAGCUUGAGCGUUCUGGGGCCAAAGAGUAUACUGAGCCGGCUGAAGGAAAGUAGCUCCACCAGCACGGAAGAGGUUCCGCAACGGGACACGAGUGCGCCGAUACCAUGUAUCAGCACGAACCUGGUACAGGACGAAAUUGCGAAGCUAUCGUCGAACAUUAAGAGCAGCACGGAUGAGGAUAGCGAGCCUCCGUUAAAUGAAACUAUGUGCUGA